AAUCCCGGAUAUGUGUUUCGAAACCUGGGUUACCUCCAGGAGAGGAUAAAAGCUUUCCAUAUCAACGCACUUGGUUUGUUGUUGAAAGUCGAAGGACCAGUAAGGAUGCAAGCUCUGCUACUAACAUGCCUGUUGGCAGUGGGUUGCCUGGCUCACACACCUUACCGAUGCAAGAGUCCUCCCCUUCUAAGUGGAAGUGUGAUGGUGUCCUCUCAGAAUGAAGCCCUUUGGGAGUCUGCCAACUUCAUUUACGAUGCUAUCGGCCAGCGGAUCAGACUCCAGGAGUUUGGAGUCUUGAACAACAAGAGCUUCAACUUGGACGCCCUGUUGUUAUACAGGGAGGGGGCCAUGUUCUUCAUAGACAAGAAGAACCGCAACUGCACCAAGAGAGCCCUGAAGGGAGACUUCCAGCCCAUGCAGGUCCCUCAGGACGCCCAGCUCCUGGGCCAGGCGGUGCUGGGUAGCUCCUCGGGGCCUGGGGAGGGACUCCUGGUCAACACCUGGGUCGGGAACAGCCCUGAAACAGGCAAGUACAUGAGCACCGUCACGGAGUUCGGCUGCAUUCCCAUCGGCACCGCGUACCACACCGACCAAUACGGAUGGCUCCAGGUCAGCUACUACAACAACAUCAAGGGAGUAGCCGACCCAUCGAUGCUCAAUCCGCCCGAAUUCUGCAAGGGAGCCGAACUCGAGAGGGGCCAGACGCCGGUGAACUUCCUCAAUCUGUUCUUCUAGGUGGCAGCGAGGGGCGCUAAGGACACCCCCUCACCCACACAGAACGGGACCGAAGAGACAAUACGGCCUUCGUGUGUCGACUCAGCAGGGAUAUUAGAGGGGAUCUACCUAAGAAUAAAUAUUAGCACUCAAUAGGCCUUCAGUAUGCCUGAGAGCCCUUAUUGUAAGUUGCCUUGGAUAAAAGAGUCUGCUAAAAUGCCUUUUAUAUUGAAUAUACUGCAUUAUAUUUGAAUUGUAAUCUGGUGCUUUAAUUUUGCUUUCCUUUACAUAAAUGAAGACAUCUCCAGUCUCCACCAUAAAUUGAUGCAGGAAAGGCACACAUUUGUGCAAAAAGGUUCACCAGAAUGCAGGAAAUGAAUGGUUAGAUGCUCAACAUUUCCUCAAGUGGCAAGUGCUAACCAAUAGUCUAACCCUUUUCUAUAUCUGAUCUAUGUGCAUAGAUCAGAGGCAUUAAUAAAUUGACUACCCUGUUUGAGUGAAAAUGUCCAAGACAGAUAUACUGAAGUAUAAUGCAUUGCUUAAGAAAAUAAAUUCUGCUCCUGUAUUUCUGAAUUAAAGACCUUAUUAUCUCAGAAUUUCGAGAAGUUUUUUAU